AGAACCAUGACGAAGAAGCUGGUGAUCAUCGACACAGACUGCGGCAUCGACGACGCUCAGGCCAUAAUGCUGGCCCUGGCUGCUCCGAACGUGGAGGUCCUGGCUGUGACCUGUGUGUUUGGGAACACGACGCUGGAGAACGUGUGUCAGAACGUUCUGAGGGUCCUCUCUGUCUGUGAGCAGCAGRAGAUUCCAGUGUUUCGAGGGUCUGCUGGUCCUCUGGUUGAAUCCACUGAUUCAUUCAAUGACCACUUUGGGGGGGAUGGUCUUGGGGAUGUGAUGGAGGACAAGGACCCUCAGUGGAAGGAGAAAGUUGAAGAAGAGCAUGCAGUCAGCGCCAUGAUUCGGCUGGUGUCUGAGCAUGAGCAGCAGGUCUCUUUAGUGGCCCUGGGCCCGCUCACUAAUCUGGCACUGGCUCUCAGACUGGAUCCACAGUUCCCUCAGAAGCUCAGGGAUCUGUACAUAAUGGGUGGCAACAUGGAAGGAAUAGGAAACGUGACUCUUUGUGCUGAGUUUAACUUUGCCAUGGACCCAGAGUCGGCCUACAUUGUUCUGGAAGAAUUCCUCUGCCCUACAUACAUUGCAUCGUGGGAGUACUCGUGCAGAAACGCUCUGUCGUGGGAGUUCUUUGACCAGCUGAUUGGUCAGGAUGCUCCGGCGGCUCGCUUCAUGAAGAAGAUAACGUCCAAGUGCCGGGCCUACUCCAAGGAGGCCAUGAAGAAUAAACGAGACGUCUACUUUGGGCCGGGCUUCGUCUCUUACGAUGCCUAUGCGAUGGCGGCCUGCRUCGAUGGCAGCGUGGUGCUGGAGAGCAUCGAGUGUCCGGUCCGCGUGGAGCUGCAGGGCUCCAUGGCUCGUGGCAUGAUGGUGCUGGAUCGCACAAACGGCCUGAAGAAGAGCCACGGGGUCUUUGUUCUGACUAAAUGUGACACGGCCAAGUUGGGUCAGCUGCUGACCGAGUCCCUCAGACUUCCACGUAAGAAGUAAUCUUUAAUCAACGUAACACAGAAAUUAUUUAUGUCAAUCAAAAGAUUUUUACUAGAAAAUGUUUUUUCCCACAAGAAAACAAGUGUGCAUGAAAUGCAACAUACUUUUGCUUAAAGCUUGUUAUCAAAUAUUUUAUUUAAACGUCACAUUUUAGUCAAUAUGAAGGAGUUCCAUUAUCAUAUUCCUGCUCACAAAGAAGUUACCAAAUAAAAGCAUUAAGCUUAAA